AUGGACUCCAAGCGCCCUAAAUUAUGUUCUCUGGAAACUGAUAAUGCUGACAAUGAAGUGGAUAUCCUUCAACCCAGAGAAGUUGGAAUCACUACGUUCGUACAACCUUUAGUUCAAGGUUUUGACGCAACGUUGAAAAAUAGAUGGGAAGACUUCAUUGUCCGUGAAUUUAGAGGUCAAAAUUAUGCAAAGCUUACUGAUUUAGCACCAAUUCCGGAUCCUACUCCUGAAGCUUAUGAUUUCAAUAUGGAAAAGAAACUUGAAGUUCAUUUGUCUGGACUUCAAAAUUUGAGCCGUGGUGAUAGUGAAGUAUUAAAAAUUAAAGCCCCAGAUAAUAAAGCUGACAGAACACAGAUCCACCAAGCAAUACGUGCAUUAUUCCCAUCACUUGAAAGCACGACAUCAAAAGACGACAAUGAAAAUAUGAUUGUUGUACAUCGAAAAGACCAUCCUAAAACCAAAGGUUCACGACAAUCUAAAAGAAAAGCCAAUGGUAUGUCUAAAAGUGCUCCAUACUGCCAUUUUGUACUUUACAAGGAGGGUAAAGACACACUUAAUGCUAUCCAAGUUCUCAGUCGUUUCCUACAUGUUGGACCCAGUAUAUUUUCGUUUGCUGGUACGAAAGAUCGUCGAGCAAUUACCACACAAUUUGUUACAGCGAAAGGUAUAAAUUCGAAAACACUAUCAUUGCUGAAUGCACGGCUUCAUGGCUUACGUUUAGGCAAUUUUUCAUACGUUUCUUCUCCUCUGUUUCUCGGAGAUUUAGAUGGAAAUCAGUUUGUAGUUGUGCUAAGAUCGGUGUGUGCACCAAGAUCCGUCGUUGAAACUGCAGUCGGGACUUGGAAAAACACUGGUUUUGUGAACUAUUACGGUCUUCAAAGAUUUGGGCAUUCUUCCAAAUCCAAAAGUUUCGAAAUUGGAAAAUAUCUUAUUCGUUCGAAAUGGGCGGACGCUAUUGACCUUAUCUUGAAACCAACUUAUGCAGAUUUACCUUUUCUUAGAAAAGUUAAAGAAAAAUUCUUACAAUCCGGUGAUGCAAAGGGUUGUGCUGACGAUUGUCCAUUGGGUAUAGAAAAAACUUUACUGUUAGGUAUUGCGAAGUAUGGCAAAACUUUGAAUGCCAUCCAAAUGCUUCCUCGAAACCUUCGCCAACUCUAUGUACAUAGUUAUCAAUCUUUCUUAUGGAACCAUGUGGCAAGUCUACGUAUGACUCAUCAGAAUCCUGGUGACUUUUUCGCUAAGCCUGGUGAUCUUUAUUAUAAUGAUCAGAAUGUAAUAACCACAGAUAAUUAUGAAAAUGAUAUUAACUUCGACGAAUCUGUGUUAGAAACUGACAACUCUUCAAUAUCAUCGGCGAAUUCUCUCCCAUCGUCUAAAUUAUCAUUCAUACAUCCACUAGUAGUUGGAGAAAAUGAAAAAAUCCCUUUAAAUUCAGUUGUACUUCCUGUUCCUGGUUACGCUGUACAAUAUCCUAAAAAUCAUAGCGCUGAUUGCUAUACCGAAUUACUAAAAGAAGAUUGUUUGACAGUCAAAGAUUUCAGUCAUUCAGUUAAAGAUUUUGCACUCCCUGGUUCUUAUCGGAAAUUAAUUGUUGUCCCGCAAAACGUUAAAUACGAAUUUCAUGAAUAUUCAAACCCUGAUAUACCUCUAGUGAAGUCUGAUCUUCAGUUAUUAAAUGGUACAAUUACAAGUAGUAUUUUAACUCCUGCUUCACAAAAUGAGACACAAAAUAAUGAUAUCUGCUUAGAUAAAGAUGGAAAACAGCAGGCUAUCGUCUUAACGUUUAAUUUACCGAAAUCCAGUUACGCUACCAUGGCAAUACGCGAAUUAACGAAAACUGUUAUAGAGAAGAAAUAG